UCGGCCUCCUCGAGUGCGCGCUGACGGGGCGACAAGUUGCGGUGCGGCGGGUUUUGGCGGCCGCCCCGUAGGCAGUGUCGCUCGGCGCCAGCUCGGAGGCGCCAUGGACUUCUCCAAGUUCCUGGCUGACGACUUCGACGUGAAGGACUGGAUCAAUGCGGCCUUCAGAGCCGGCCCCAAAGACGGGGCGGCGGGCAAGGCGGACGGCCACGCAGCCAACUUGGUGAUGAAGCUACAGCUGUUCAUCCAGGAGGUGAACCACGCCGUGGAGGAAACAAGUCUCCAGGCCCUUCAGAACAUGCCCAAAGUGCUCCGUGAUGUGGAAGCCCUGAAGCAGGAGGCAUCUUUUCUGAAAGAACAAAUGAUUCUUGUCAAAGAGGACAUUAGAAAAUUUGAGCAGGACACUUCACAAUCGAUGCAGGUAUUGGUGGAAAUUGACCAGGUGAAGUCCAGAAUGCAGCUUGCUGCAGAAUCUCUCCAGGAAGCUGAUAAGUGGAGCACAUUAAGUGCUGAUAUUGAGGAGACCUUCAAAACUCAGGACGUAGCUGUAAUUUCUGCAAAGCUGACUGGGAUGCAGAACAGCUUGGUGAUGCUUGUGGAUACUCCAGACUACUCAGAAAAGUGUGUGCACCUGGAGGCUCUGAAGAACAGGCUGGAGGCCCUGGCCAGCCCCCAGAUCGUGGCAGCGUUCACCUCGCAGUCUGUAGAUCAGUCCAAAGUAUUUGUGAAGGUGUUUACUGAAAUUGACCGGAUGCCCCAGCUCCUUGCAUACUACUACAAAUGUCACAAGGUACAGCUUUUAGCAACCUGGCAAGAACUGUGCCAGAGUGACCUUCCACUGGACCGGCAGCUCACUGGCCUCUACGACGCCUUGCUUGGGGCUUGGCACAUGCAAACCCAGUGGGCCACACAGGUUUUCAAGAACCCCCACGAGGUGGUGACGGUACUGCUGAUUCAGACCCUGGGGGCCUUGGUGCCCUCCCUGCCCAUGUGCCUCAGUGCAGGCGUGGAGAGAGCGGGACCCGAGCUGGAGCUCACCAGACUGCUGGAGUUUUAUGACACCACCGCCCACUUUGCCAAGGGGCUGGAGAUGGCACUGCUCCCCCACCUCCAGGACCACAACCUGGUGAAAGUUGUGGAGCUGGUGGAUGCUGUGUAUGGUCCAUAUAAACCCUAUCAGCUAAAGUACGGCGACAUGGAGGAGAACAACCUUCUUAUACAGAUCAGUGCUGUGCCUCUGGAGCACGGGGAAGUGAUUGACUGCGUUCAGGAGCUGAGCCACUCUGUGCACAAGCUCUUUGGCCUGGCAUCUGCAGCUGUUGACAGAUGUGCUAAGUUCACCAAUGGCCUGGGGACCUGUGGAUUGCUGACAGCUCUGAAAUCCCUCUUUGCCAAGUAUGUGUCUCAUUUCACCAAUGCUCUCCUGUCGAUUCGGAAAAAGUGCAGACUGGAUGAUAUUCCUCCCAACUCCCUUUUCCAGGAGGAUUGGACCGCUUUUCAGAACUCUGUCAGGAUCAUAGCCACCUGUGGAGAGCUCUUGCGCCAGUGUGGGGACUUCGAGCAGCAGCUUGCAAACAGGAUCCUGUCCACAGCGGGGAAGUAUCUGUCUGACUCCUACAGCCCUCGGAGCCUGACAGGUUUUCAAGACAGCAUCUUGACAGAAAAGAAGAGCCCUGCCAAGAACCCAUGGCAGGAAUAUAAUUACCUCCAGAAAGAUAACCCUGCUGAAUAUGCCAGUUUAAUGGAAAUACUUUAUACCCUCAAGGAGAAGGGGUCCAGUAAUCACAACCUGCUAUCUGCAUCCCGCACAGCCCUGACCCGGCUGAACCAGCAGGCCCACCAGCUGGCUUUCGACUCGGUUUUCCUGCGCAUCAAACAGCAGCUACUGCUCGUUUCCAGGAUGGAUAGCUGGAACACAGCGGGCAUUGGCGAAACCCUGACCGAUGAUCUGCCUGCCUUCAGCCUCACGCCUCUCGAGUACAUCAGUAAUAUUGGGCAGUACAUCAUGUCCCUGCCCUUGAAUCUCGAGCCAUUUGUGACUCAAGAGGACUCCGCAUUAGAGCUGGCCUUGCAUGCUGGGAAGCUACCAUUUCCUCCUGAGCAAGGGGAUGAACUGCCUGAGUUGGACAAUAUGGCUGACAACUGGCUGGGCUCCAUUGCCAGAGCCACCAUGCAGACCUAUUGUGAUGUGAUUCUCCAGAUCCCAGAGGUGACCCCACACUCUACCAAACAGCUGGCUACAGACAUUGACUACCUAAUCAAUGUGAUGGAUGCGCUGGGCCUGCAGCCAUCGCGUACCCUCCAGAACAUUGUGACACUUUUGAAGGCCAAGCCUGAGGAAUACAGACAGAUCAGCAAAGGCCUGCCACGUCGCCUUGCAGCCACGGUGGCCACCAUGCGUGGUGUAAAUUACUGACAACUCUGAGAAGACGGUCCAGGACAGGGUCAGAGCCUGAAGGGCAGGGCCUCUCCAGGACAGGACAGGGACUGAAGCCUUGGUGACUCUCAGAAUGGUUCAUUCUCGGCCUCUACCAGUGAUGGGGCAUUCCUUGUAUGUGGAAAAUGCUUUCACUUCUUAUAAGGCAGGUGUGGUGGUGCAUGUCUGCAAUCCUUGGGAGGCUGAGACAGGAGGAUUGCUGUGAGUUUGAGGUCAUUCAGGGCUAGUGUGAGACCCAGUGUUUACAAGGAGAAGGGUGUAAAUGAGAAGUAAUGUAUUAUUUAUCAGAAAGGAGUCUUCAGAUGGUUUUUAAAAAUAACUUAUCUUUAAUAAACACUGCAGUGGGGCAAAGGCUGUUUCCAUCUUCUCUGGUGACCUCUGAUUGCUCGCAGUGCUGCAUGCUGAGCAGGGCCUGAGAACACUGAGGAAGGUAGGGCUCUGAAGGGGCCAAGGAUAGUUACAAUCAACCUUAGGGCAAGGCCACAGCUGAUACUGUGGUAGACCAGAAGGCAGAGGCGCAGUGCUGGGAAGAUCCUGCCAGGUGGGAGGAGGUGGGCAUCCAGCGGCUGGGGGCAGCUCUGCAGUGGGGAGCAAGGGGGAUUCCCAGCAGGAAGGGCCAGAGCAAGUGCAGAGGCCAAGUCCAUCCAGGGUGGCUGGAGAGCAGGGCAGCAGGCAUUCAGGUUAGAGAGGGAUGGGGCCAAAUCAUAGGAUCUUCCAGGCUGUGUGAGAAUUUUGGUUUCAUGUUUCCUUUUUUUUUUUUUUUAAAUUUACAGGAUGAUGCAAAUUUUACACACACACCCCCCUUUAAAAACCUUUUUGGUCUAUUGCAUCUGUACUUGUCAAGGCUGUUUGGCUUAUAUGUAACAGAAAAUAAUAUUGCCUGAAUGACUUGAGCCAAGAGGAAUUAUUUUUUCCACGAUGAGAAGCCAGAGGGCGGGGGAUCCAGCAGCCUGGACAGAGUAGGGAUCUUUGCCAGUGCUCAUAGGUGACUCUGGCAGUGUGACUGUCACACCUGUGUUCAGGGGAGCCCAUGGGAUGGCUUAGAGAGACGUGGUUCUCCCUUCUACUAGACCGGUGCUCCACAGCCCCUAGUGACUAUUUCUUGGUCAGAGGUAUGGCUCCAGCUGCAAGGGGUGCUGGGAAAGUGGGGAACAGGACUUGCUUCAGUAUUCCUAAGGCUUGGUCCUUGCAGCAUUUUGAGUCAAGUAACUCUGCUGGGAAUCCGUGCUCUACAUUAGCCUGGCUCUGUCCACUAGCUGCCAGGCGCAUAGCUCUCGCUGGGAUGACAAAACUAUCUUCAGGGAUUCCCAGAAGGGCAAAUCGGAUAGGGAAAUACUGAUUGGAGCAGCCAGGAUUCAUCCUCUGGGCUGAGCAGAUGGCUGCCCUGAACAAAGCUGCUUAUUUAUCAUUUAGUGUCACCGGGAUCUAAUCACAGCCUUGAGAGAAAUAGGCAAGCACUCUCAUUGAGCUGUGUCCCGGCCCUUUUUAUUUAGUUUGAGGUGAUGUCUUACAAAGUUGUCCAGGCUGAUCCAAACUUGUUAUAUAACCCGGACAAGCCUUGGAUGUGUGACUGUCCUUGCUCAGCCUCUCAAGGAGCUGGCCUGUGCCACCAAGUCUGACUUCUUGUUCACUCUGUAGCCAGUGCUAGCCUCAAACUCGCCAUCUUCCUGCCUCGACUUCCCAAGUGCUGGGGUUAAGGGCAGACACAACCACUCCUGGCUGAAGUAGGCUGUUUCUCAGCAAGGAAAGUGGGAGGGGCUACAGCCUCUGAGAGGGCUGCUUGUCAGAGUUAAGCUCAGCCAGGGUCCCAUGGGGUGAAGCGUUACUUGCUGGGGUCUCUCAAAGAAGCCCACCACAGCCUUGGGAAGGCAUAGGCUGUUAUCUCUAAUCUAGAGAGGUUUGAGGUCUUCCCAUGCCAACCAACUGUCUUGUGGCAAGCUAGAGUUUAGAAUAGGCCUGGUGGCCCUAGUAUCUACACUGUUAAUCCAAUGCCAGGCUGCUUUCUUACUGCACUGUGUGGGAGGUGCGUGACCUAGGUGACACAUGCUCUGGGAGGCACGCGGUGUGGGGACACUUAAUCCCAGCAGGUCAGCCUGCUUGUGCCAGCCUGCGGAGUGGUGCACCACACCUAUGAGGCCAGGCCGUCUCACUGAGACUCUCCUUAUACCUUGGGAACUAGUUUGGCUGGACAACAGCAUCAGCUGCGACCUUGCCCUAAGGUUGAUCGUAGACUGUCCUUGGCAGGAGUCACACCUGGAAGCGUGGACGUCACAGCUACUGCUGGUAGUCACACCUGUGGUGACUGGAGCUGGUGAGAAGCGUUAGGUUUAGGACAGUCUGGGACUGGAUUUAAGACUUUACUGCCUCCAGCUGUGUAUCCUUGGGAAAGUCACUCCCUCUUUGUGCCAGAUUCUAGGACCCCAUGUUGGUUCCCAGCUCUUUCUUAGACCACCUGAAGAGUCAUUGAGAAACAGUAGGGACAAUGACAAGUGGCAAGUUCAUGCUCAUUGUCCAUUAAUAGUCUCUUCACCGAGCUUCCCUUUUGUAGAUGAAGUGGAACUCAUACAUUGUCUUGGGUGGUUUAAGUGGACCCAACCUGUUCCCAGUGCUAAAAAGGCCCAUGGGUUCCCUGGAAGGAAUAGAACAAUACUCUUCUAGACCAGGCACAGGGUGGCUGGGCUGCCAGGCCAGAGCUACCUUAAUGAUGGAACCUGAUCCUCACCGUCCCCUGAGAGUGAGGUCAGAAAGCCAGUUCUGAGGUGGUUCCUGUCUUAGACAUCUGCAGAUGGCUCCAAGGUGUCUGUGAGCAGAACCUUUUCUGGGUCAGUGGCUUCUCCCUCUAUGGACUCUCCCAGGCCUGCUAGUUGGUGUCUUCCAUUCCCAGUCACAGAGUGGGGUAUAUGAGACACUGUUUUAAAAAACAAGGGCUGGAGAGAUGGCUCAGCAGUUAAAAAAACACUGGAUGCUCUUCCAGAUGACCUGGGCUUGAUCCCUAGCACCCAUAUGGCUGCUCACAACUGUCCAUACCUCUAGUUCCAGAGGGACCUGAUGCCCUCUUCUGGCCUGGAGGUACUACACAUACCUGGCACACAGGCAUACACACAGCCAAAACACUCAUAAAGAAGAAAUAACCCCACUCCCAAUUCCUAAUAAACAGGUUUAUUUAGCUCAAGGUUCUGGAGGUUGGUAAAUCCAAGACUGAGGAGUCAGCAUUCAGAUGUCAUGACAGAAACAGCCUGUGGUGAGACUUAGCUUCCUCUCCCUUAUGAAGCCAUUAAUGCAGCUAGCUCAUCAAGGUGGCUUGGGAGGCAGAGACGCUGGCUGCAAACCAUAUCAUAGAAGGAGAGAACU